UCUAUCUAACUGCAAAUGAGGAGAGCAGCUUUGCUGAGGAAGCAAUGCUCCUGUUACUUCUGUUCCCUAAGUGACGGGAGAUGUGACAGGAUGAAUUCAAGAGAGCCUGCUCUGAUCAAGUGUAGACCUGACAGGGCUUCUCCUCUCUGUAUGGUGCACUGGGGGAGGCUGGGCUGCGGGAUCACCACAGCAGCUGCAUGUGGUUUUUGGAAACUGAAAGGGGAGACAGAGGUGCCCUCUGGCUGUGAGCAGCCCUUUGACUGGCAGUGUUCUGACCUGAUAGUUUUCCUGGAAAAGGGGCAGGCACUGUCACUGCUCAGGCGCCACCGACGUGCCAACAAGGGAUUUCUAGAAGAGAUGCUUAAGGGAAACCUGGAGCGAGAGUGCCUGGAGGAGAAAUGCAGUUAUGAGGAGGCUUUUGAAGCCCUGGAAUCCAUCGAUCAGACGGACAUAUUUUGGUCAAAAUACCAAGUAUGUCAGGGCCUGGGAAUGUCCAGGACAAUUCUGGAUGCUUGUCUAGAAGGUAACUGCGCUCUUGGGCUGGGCCAGAACUAUCGGGGAACAAUUAGCCACACUAAGUCUGGGAUUGAAUGUCAAGUGUGGACAAGCAAAUAUCCACAUAUUCCUAAAUUUAAUGCCACCGUUUAUCCCAGCCUCAUUGAGAACUACUGCAGGAACCCAGACAACAACUCAGAAGGCCCAUGGUGCUAUACUCGAGACCCAACGGUGGAACGGGAGGCGUGCCCCAUCCCCGUGUGUGGUGAAGAUAGAACAACAGUUCCAUUUACUCCACCAGCCAUAGAACCUACCCCAAAGGAACCUUGUGAACCAGAGAAAGGCAUGCUUUACACAGGGGCUCUCUCAGUCACUGUGUCUGGAGCUAAGUGUCUGCCAUGGAACUCCGAGAAAGCCAAAGAGGUGCUCCAUGGAAAAGACAUUGACCCAGAAGUGGAGCUGCAGGAGAAUUACUGUCGGAAUCCAGACAGAGAUGAUGAAGGUGUCUGGUGCGUCACGGAGGAACCACCCUACUUUGGCUACUGUGAUCUGCACUACUGUGACAGCUCGCUAGAGGAUGACAACCAAGAGUCUGAGGGAAUAUCAGGACGUUCUACUAUUCCUAAAGAGUUCAAAACUUUCUUUGAUGAAAAAACUUUUGGUUCAGGUGAAGCAGAUUGUGGCAGUCGUCCUUUAUUUGAGAAGAAAAAGAUAACAGACAAAAGUGAGAGGGAGCUGUUGGAUUCCUACACAGGAAGAGUUGUUGGUGGUGAUGAUGCAGAAGUUGCCAGCUCCCCCUGGCAGGUGAUGCUCUACAAAAAGUCUCCUCAGGAGCUGCUGUGUGGUGCCAGCCUCAUCAGUGACACCUGGAUCCUGACUGCUGCUCAUUGUCUUUUUUAUCCACCCUGGGAUAAGAACUUAACUACAAAUGACAUAUUGGUGCGAAUUGGCAAACACGUAAGAGCAAAAUAUGAAAAGAAUAAAGAGAAGAUUGCUCUGUUGGAUAAAAUCAUCAUCCAUCCCAAGUACAACUGGAAAGAGAACAUGGACCGAGACAUUGCACUCAUGCACUUAAAGAGACCCAUCAGCUUCAGUGACUACAUCCAUCCUGUGUGCCUACCUACCAAAGAGGUUGUGCAGAGGCUGAUGCUGGCAGGUUACAAAGGGAGGGUAACUGGCUGGGGAAACUUGAAAGAAACGUGGGCCACUAACCCCUCCAACCUGCCCACAGUUCUGCAACAGGUCAAUUUGCCCAUUGUAGAUCAAAGUACCUGCAAGGCAUCCACCAGAGUUAAAGUCACUGACAACAUGUUCUGUGCAGGUUACAGUCCUGAUGCAUUAAAGAGAGGAGAUGCCUGUGAAGGGGACAGUGGGGGACCUUUUGUAAUGAAGAACCCAGAUGACAACCGUUGGUAUCAAGUGGGAAUAGUUUCAUGGGGAGAAGGCUGUGACCGAGACGGCAAAUAUGGAUUUUACACCCAUGUAUUCCGCCUGAAAAAGUGGAUGCGAAAAACCAUCGAAAAUCACGGGCGAUAGAUGAAGCAUUUACUUUCCUUGCUCUCAGUUUUGUUACAAUGCUCCACUUCAAAACAUAAGCAUAGAAGAUCCUGAAGUAAAACAAGUUAUAUCCUUACAACUUGAUAAAGGAAAAGUCUUAUCCCUUGAAAAUAAAAGCUCUGAAACCCA